UGUUCCUUUCCAUCACGCUGGCAUUUGGGAACCUGAACUUUCCUCAGGCAAAGGCGAUCGACGUCUGCUGGGACUUUGCCAUAGGUCGGAGCGGUCAAGCGCUGGUAGCAAUCUUGGUCUACCCAACGAUGAGAAAGUCAUUGCUCACUUUGCUUGAGAAACGGCCACUACGGAUGCCCCUGGUCACCAGCCUAACCUUUGAGCACUUCUCCGUGUGGUCGUGGUGGGCACUUGCAAAGGAGAUGAUACACUCGUGGAGCUGGAGACUUUCGGCCUACCUUUAUAUUGCCAAACAGGUCCCAUUCUAUCGUUCCGAGAACAAUCUUAUGGAUUAUUCGAAAGUGCGGUUGGUACCGGCUGCGGUGGUUACCGACGCUGAUCGCCUGGGAUUGCCAUCGCAAGUCACUGUCUGGGGGUCUACGAGCGACCCAAAUUACCCGCUGUGGAAUUACACCGCCCUUGCAGGCGCGUGCAAUUCCACGUACAGAAGCUCCGAGAACGAAGGCAACGGCACACUGCGCUCCAAUGACACGGCGUAUGUUGAUUAUGUUGAUGUCUGGAGUGGCCGCUACGCACCGACAGAAGUAUCAGACCUGUUCACAAUAGAUUACUUCUUCAACCAGACGCCUCCGGAUUCUCGAUUAGCGUCCCCGUAUGCCUCGAGGUACGGCGCAUUGCGGUGGAGGCAUUGUACGACUAGCAAAAUCACCAUUGCGAAUUAUACGCACUCCCUCAAAGCCCCUCCGCUACACUCCGAGAAUCAAACACACCUGUACCUGGACGAGAACGAGCAAAUCCUCGACGAGCACUGGCUAGAGAAAGUAUCCACAUGCCAGACACUGGAGACCUACCAAUGGGGAUUUUCCUCCCUCCUGCUCUUCACAUUCUGCAUGGCAACCACCAUCUUCCUCACAGUCCUCCUUACCCUGAACCUCGACAUCUACCUCAACAGCCAGGUGAACCGCGUGCAUCAAGACUUCUCCCUCCACCGCGACAUCCUGGACUACGCCAGCGAGAUCCAAGCCGAGAUCGGCAAAGACAAAGCUGACAGCAUGCCGUCCAAGGUUCUGGAGUCCUACAUGGGCUCUCUCAGCGCGGAGGCUCGCGUAUCGGCGUAUAAGUAUCCACCAUCUCGAGCGCAGACCUUCCGUAAGCAGCACGGGCGGCGAUUUCGAAGGCUCAGGGCGGAGCUACGAGCUGGUCAUGCGUACAGCAUGGGGGAGAUGAAGCGGUCGCUUGGCUUGACUUAUGGACCUGUGCGCAAGGCGUCUGCGCCUGAUGGAUUCGACGAUGUUCGGCUAUAUGACGUGACUUGA